AUGGCUCGCGUUAGCAGCGCGCGAUCGAGACUAGAGGCGCAGAGGAAAGCGAAAUCGAUGCCGAACACGCCCGUGGACGCGUUCGGCGGUGGCUUCGGCGUCGAUAGUGGGACGAGGACUGGGCGGUUCAGCGGCGCCGAAGACGUCGGCGGCACUCGCCUCGACUUUUUGAAAGUGAUUGAUGAGGAAGAGAGAGGCACACAGAGCGAGGCGAAAGUAGAGGCGAAAGUAGAGGACGCGGUCGAAAGACUCGUCAGACAGGCGGCGGAGAAGUGUGAGAAAUUAGCGAUUGAUGGAUUGGACGUCGAAGUCGCGACUGCGUCGGCGGCGCGCGGCGAGUCCACGUCGGCGCCGGCGGCGGUGGUAAAUCAGGCCCCAGCGCUCGUUCCAGCGCCGCGCGAUUUGCCGAAAGCAGCGCCAGUCGUAGUCAAGUCUGCCCCGGUCAAGAGCGUAGAAUUCAAACCGCCCGAAUGUUACCGCAACUCGCGGAAUUCUAGCGCGGCGCCUCUGGACGCACCCAUCCCGGAUAAUCCGAACGAUGCGUCGCCGGCAAACGGCGACCAGUGCGUCGUCAUGUAA